AUGGAAACCAAUAACGCCUCCGACAACUCCGUCUUGGGCAAGUCUGCCGGCGACCUGCCCACCGACGGCACUGGCAUCGUUUCUCUCGAUCCGUGGCUCGAGCCCUUCAAGGCUGGUCUCAAAAGCCGCUACAGCAAAGCCCAGCAAUGGAUCAAGACCAUUGAAGAGUCCGAGGGCGGCCUGGAGAAGUUUUCAAGGGGUUACGAGAGAUUCGGAAUUCACGUGAACGACGAUAAAUCCAUCACAUACAGGGAAUGGGCUCCCAAUGCGCUGCGCGCAUACUUCAUUGGCGAUUUCAACGGCUGGAACCGUGAUUCCCAUGAGAUGACGAAGAACGAGUUUGGUGUCUUCGAGAUCACCCUUCCGCCCGUUGAUGGCCAACCAGCCAUUGCUCAUGACUCGAAAAUCAAGAUCUCGUUCGUGGUGCCCAACGAUCACGCCAGGCAAGAACGUAUUCCCGCAUGGAUCACCCGAGUGACCCAAGAGCUGUCGGUGUCUCCCGUCUACGACGCCAGGUUCUGGAACCCUCCGCACAAGUACGUCUUCAAGAACCAGCGACCCAAGAAGCCCGAGAGCCUUCGCAUCUACGAAGCACACGUGGGAAUCUCCUCGCCGGAGCCCAAGGUCGCGACAUACAAGGAAUUCACAACAAAUGUUCUCCCACGCAUCAGGCACCUGGGAUACAAUGCCAUCCAGCUGAUGGCAAUCAUGGAGCACGCAUACUAUGCUAGCUUUGGAUACCAGAUCAACAGCUUCUUCGCUGCAAGCAGUCGUUACGGUCCACCCGACGACCUCAAGGAGCUGAUUGACACGGCGCAUGGCAUGGGAAUCACCGUCCUGUUGGACGUUGUGCACAGUCACGCCUCCAAGAAUGUUCUGGAUGGCCUGAACAUGUUCGACGGAAGCGAUCACCUAUACUUCCACGAGGGCGGAAAGGGCCGCCACGAUUUGUGGGACAGCAGGCUGUUCAACUACGGUAGCCAUGAAGUCUUGAGGUUCUUGUUGAGCAACCUUCGCUUCUGGAUGGAGGAGUACCAGUUUGACGGCUUCCGUUUCGACGGUGUCACAAGCAUGCUCUAUGUCCACCAUGGAAUUGGAACUGGCUUCUCCGGUGGCUACCACGAGUAUUUCGGUGACAGCGUGGAUGAAGAGGGUGUCGUGUACCUGAUGAUUGCCAACGAGAUGAUUCACCAGCUGUACCCCACUGCCAUCACGAUUGCAGAGGACGUCUCUGGUAUGCCUGGUCUGUGCGUUGCUCUGUCACUCGGUGGCAUUGGCUUCGACUACAGACUGGCAAUGGCCAUCCCGGAUCUGUACAUCAAGUGGCUCAAGGAGAAGCAGGAUAUCGAUUGGGACAUGGCCGGCCUUUGCUGGACCCUGACGAACCGUCGACACGGAGAGAAGACUAUCGCAUACGCCGAGAGUCACGAUCAAGCGCUUGUCGGUGACAAGUCCAUUCUGAUGUGGCUGUGCGAUGCUGAGUUAUACACCAACAUGUCAGUCUUGACGGAGCUUACUCCCGUCAUCGACCGUGGGAUAGCCAUGCACAAGAUGAUCCGCCUCAUCACCCACGGUCUCGGCGGUGAGGGUUACCUCAACUUUGAGGGCAACGAAUUCGGCCACCCUGAAUGGCUGGACUUCCCGCGCGAGGGUAACGGUAACAGUUUCCACUACGCGCGUCGGCAGUUCAACCUCGUGGAUGACCACCUUCUGCGCUACCGCUUCCUCAACGAAUUCGACAGCAAGAUGCAAUGGACCGAGGAGAAGUACGGCUGGCUGCACGCUCCUCAGGCCUACAUUAGCCUCAAGCAUGACAGUGACAAGGUGAUUGUCUUCGAGAGAGGUGGUUUGCUGUGGAUCUUCAACUUCCACCCGAGCAGCAGCUUCACCGACUACCGCGUCGGCGUCGAGCAGGAGGGUACCUACAAGAUUGUGAUCAACACCGACUCGAAGGACUUUGGAGGGCACGGCAACGUCAGCGAAGAGACGCGUUUCUUCACGACGCCGUUUGCUUGGAACGACAGGAAGAAUUUCCUGCAGGUGUACAUUCCGUCGAGGACGGCAAUCGUCUUGGCGCUCGAGGAGACUUUGUAG